AUGGCAAAGACCAGAGGAGGCCAUUCCGCCUCCCCAUCCUCACCGACACCUCGACCACAUCGAGCCGCCAUGGGAGCCGCAGCUUCGCCACCUGUUCAAGCCCCGGCCAUUCCCCCAUCUGAGGGGGAAGCCCCUUCUCAGCGCCGAUACCCCACUAGGAGACCACCCACUGACCCUGUGCCACCAGUCGAUCAGGCCACGAGCCCUGUUUCUCGGCCACCUGCCAAGAGAACCAAGUUCUCGGGUCCUGGAGAGUCAUCCCAUGCGCCUCAGGCAGAGCCGCCUACAGAGGAACCUCGAAUUCCUAUGGGGAUUCCUCCCGAAACCGUUAUCAGGCGUCCCAUGAUAGCUGGACCACCGAUAGAGGAUUCAGCAGCAUCUGAGUAUGCAGACUCCUCUUGGGCAUGUAAGUCUGCACCAUCCGAGCCUCUAGUGCUAGAUGAGGAGAGCUUACCAGUUGAGCAGCCCAUACCAGAGGAGCAGAUCAGAGCAGAGCCAUCACAUGAUCCCACUACUAUCUGA